AUUCAAGACUUAUAAACUUUUUAAUAUGAUUUCUAGCUGGAAUUACCUCCAAUUAUCAUUCAUUAUUCCUAUCUGGUGGUCCUCUUGUCACAAAGUGACAGAUUCAUGAUGAAUAUAUUAACCAUUUGAUUGAUCUGAUAGAACUAAAAUCAAAAGCCAUCUUGCUUUUGUUGAUCUUCUACUUCUCCUUCUCCUUCAUGCUUGCACCAUGAAAAACUUUGCAGUACAACUAUUACUUUUGCUAAUUUCUUUUUUAUUAAACAGUAGAAAUGGAAUUGAGGCAUCAACAUGUAGUAACAGUAUUGAUCCUAUCAAGUACAGGAUACCUAAAGAGCAACCUUACAGAACUUCUUAUCAUUUUCAGCCCCCACAAAAUUGGAUGAACGAUCCAAAUGCCCCUAUGUACUACAAAGGUGUAUACCACCUUUUCUACCAACAUAAUCCACUUGCAGCAACAUUUGGUGAUAUAAUUGUAUGGGCUCAUUCUGUAUCCUAUGAUCUCAUUAAUUGGAUUCAUCUCAACAUUGCUCUUGAACCAAGUGGACCUUAUGACAUCAAUAGUUGUUGGUCAGGUUCAGCAACUAUACUCCCAGGUGAAAAACCUGCUAUUUUGUACACAGGAAUUGAUCACUAUAAGAAUGAAGUUCAGAACUUAGCUAUACCAAAGAAUCUAACAGACGCUUUCUUAAGGGAAUGGGAAAAACACCCUCAAAAUCCUGUGAUGACUCCACCUACUGGAGUUGAAGAGGAUAACUUUAGAGACCCUUCAACUGCAUGGCAUGGAAAAGAUGGAAAAUGGAGGGUAAUUGUCGGUGCUCAAAAUGGUGAUGAAGGGAAAACCAUUCUUUACCAAAGUGAGGAUUUCGUUAAUUGGACAGUGAAUCCAAAUCCAUUUUUUGCAACAGAUAAUACUGGAGUUUGUGAAUGUCCAGACUUUUUUCCUGUGUAUAUCAAUAGUACAAAUGGGGUGGAUACAUCUGUGGAUAAUUCAAGUGUUAGGCAUGUUUUGAAGAUAAGCUAUCUAAGAAAACAGCAUGACUACUAUUUUCUUGGUAAAUAUGUUUCUGAUAAGGAAAACUUUGUUCCUGAUGUAGAGUUUACAGGAACUAGUAAAGAUUUAAGAUUUGACUAUGGUAAAUUUUAUGCUUCAAAGUCAUUUUUUGAUUAUGCUAAGAAUAGAAGAAUAUUGUGGGGAUGGGUGAAUGAGUCUGACUCUACACAAGAUGAUAUAGAGAAAGGAUGGGCAGGUUUGCAGACAAUUCCAAGGAAAGUUUGGCUAGAUAAAAGUGGGAAGAGAUUGAUGCAAUGGCCAAUUGAAGAAAUAGAAAAUCUAAGACACAAACAAAUCAGUAUUACAGGAGAGAAACUUGAGGGUGGAUCAACUCUUGAAAUCUCAGGAAUCAAUGUGUCACAGGUUGAUGUAGAAGUGUUGUUUGAGCUACCUGAGCUAGAAAGUGGUGACUGGUUAGAAGAUCCUAGUGAAGUUGAUCCUCAACUACUAUGUAGCAAACAACAUGCAUCAAGAAGUGGCAAAAUAGGACCGUUUGGUUUGUUAGCUUUAGCUUCAAAGGAUUUGACAGAGGAAACAGCAGUGUCUUUCCAAAUAUUUAGAGCGUCAAAUAGAUAUUUAUGUCUGAUGUGCAGUGACCAGAGCAGGUCUUCAUUGCGAAAUGACCUUGAUAAAACCACAUAUGGAACAAUCUUCGACAUAGAUCCUAAUCUCAAAACGAUUUCACUUAGAACCUUGAUUGACAAGUCCAUCAUUGAGAGUUUUGGAGAUGGAGGGAAAGCUGUGAUAACAAGUAGAGUUUAUCCCUUAUUGGCUAUAGAAAAAGAUGCACAUCUUUAUGUAUUCAACAAUGGAAGUCAGAGUGUGGUUAUCUCAAAACUGAAUGCUUGGAGCAUGAAGCAGGCAGAGAUAGGCCAUGAGGGAAAUAUAAAUUGUGCUUAAGAAGGAUAUGGAGAUUAAGGCAGCAUUUAUUUAUUUAUUUUGAGAUGUGAGUUUUUUGUUUUUCCUUCUUUAUUAUUGUAUCUAUGCAGAACAUUGAGCUUAUCCACCAAAUUUGGUAAAUAAGUCUAAUUCAAUGUGUCAAUUUCCCUUCCAAGUUGAGGUUGGACCUGAACUAAAUCAAUUUAAAAACAAUUGAGUAGUGUA